AUGGCAGUAUAUGAUUUCAACAUGUGUUUUACAUUUGCAUUGGCUGGAUGGGAGGGCAGCGCACAUGAUAGUAGAAUUUUUAAAAUUGCAACGAGAAAUCUGGAGUACAAUUUUCCUCACCCACCGCAUGGGAAGUAUUAUUUGGUGGAUGCUGGCUACCCAAUGCAGAGGGGGUACCUUAAACCUUAUCCUGACACAACGUAUCAUAUUCCAGAUUUUCAGAGAGCCAGCAAUCAUACAAGAAAUAGAAAAGAGGUCUUUAAUAAAAGACAUUCAUCCUUGCGAGGCGUAAUUGAGAGGACUUUCCGAGUUUGGAAGAAAAAAUGGGUCAUACUUCGAGAUAUGCCACCUUAUUUCCGAAACAGGUGCGUGCAUAUAGUGUUAGCCACUAUGGCCCUUAAUAACUAUAUUAGGCGGCAUCCAACUCGAGCUGAUGUUGAUUUCGAGUGUGUCGAGGUCAAUGACGAGGAAGUGCCAGUCGAAGCUUUUGAAUACCACAUUGACCAAUCUCUAUCACGGAAGGAGAAUGAUAAUGCCUCAAUUUGCAUGAAAGAUGGGGAGGGUGCGAAUGAAAUGGCAGCCCUUCGUGAGGAGAUCACCACCUCAUUAGUUGGAGAGUGA